GACCUUGCGACGGCCAACAGCACUUUGAUCGUGUGCUAGUGACCCUGCAAAGGCCAAGAACGUUUGAAUAUUUGGGUUAGGACCCGGCAAAGGCCAAGGGCCUUUGGACACUGGGGUUAAACCCUGCGAAGGCCAAGGGCCUUUGGACACUGCACUUUGGACACUGUUUGUGCCAAGGAGCGGAUGGACACGCGACAGGUGAGUGAGAAAGCCACUGCUCUCCUUGUGCCAAGCCCUGCAGGGGCCUGGGUGGGCCUGGGCUGUGCCUCAGGGAAGGCUUCCCUCUGGGAAUAGCAAGGGUUUAACAGUUGCUGUUCCAGAGCUCCAGCAGCUUUGGUGCUUGCUGUGGGGACAGGCCUGGGAGGGAAUGGGGGGCACCUGGCCAUCCCAGAGCACAGCCACAUCUCCUCCUCCAUCCUUGUCCAACGGGAGGGGCCAUGGGCACAAACAAGGGUCAUCACCUUCCCCUCAGCCUAAUUUACAGUGCAGCCUCAGCGCUUCCCAGAGGCAAACUGGGGUUUCUCUCAGACAUUUCUGAGAUGAUCCCCAGUGGCCUAGGGGAGGCCACGGGGAUAACAGGAAGAUGCUCCAAGGGCUGGAGCACCUGUGCCAAGGGCAAAGGAGGCAAGAGUUGGGGUUGUCCAGGUGGGAGAAGGUUCCAGGGUAAUCUUAGAGCUCCUAUCAAUGCAUGAAGGAAGGGCCUGCAAGAGAGCUGGACAGCGACUUAAGGCAGGGGCCUGCAAGGACAGGACGAGGGAAAAUGGCUUCCCACUGAGACAGGGCAGGGAUGGAUGGGCUAUUUGCAGGGAAUUCUGCCCUGUCAGGGUGCUGGGGCCCUGGCAUAGGAUGCCCAGGGAAGCUGUGGCUGCCACUGGAUCCCUGGGAGUGUUCAAGGCCAGGUUGGAUGGGUCUCUGGGCAACUCCUGUUUUGGUGUCCUUAGAAAUGAUGAGACACAUUCCAGCAUGUUUGUUUGUGCUGCUGUCAAACUAGUGGGCUGAAAAUAUUCCCAAGGAGGGAAGGAAGAGCUCAGCUGGAAUUGCUGCGCUCUGGGACAGUCUGGGAAGCACUUAGAUGCGACUGGGCAGGCAUGCAGUCUGAGUGUGCUCUUCCCUGUGCUCUUCCAGGGAGCUCGAGGUCUUUCUCACCAGGGACAAUCUUCCCGAGCCCCUGAGGCACUGACAGACGACAGUGACAGCAUGGCCCAUUCCAUCUUCUGCACUGACAAUCCUGGCAGCAUCCUCUGAACUCUGACAUCCACGGAUAAACAGGAUCCCUUUGCAUUGCUUCGGGAAGUCUCAGGGAAUUGUGGGCGCUUGCAGGAACGUAUUGGUCAAAUGGACGAGGAAACCCAAACGGUCACAAGCCGCUAUCAGCAGAUGGAGGAUCUGAUAGAAGAAAUCAGAGGUUGCUGUGAAAACAUUGAGAAGUCCAGGGAAAAGCUGCAGCAAUGCAUGGGAAUCCCAGAGCCAGGAGCCUUGUGGCUGCGUCAAAGGAACACCGAGCAGCAGAAGGAAACGUCACCCCAGGUGGAAAAGGCCCAGCAGCAGGACAGGAUGGAGGUUUCCCAGGAGCAAGAGUUAUCAAGCAGGGCCCUGGAGCAGCUGCGCCAGCAAUCCUCUGGCCAAGGGCAACCACUGGCCCAGGUGCACAGAGAGAAGGAGCUGCUGGGCCAGGAGAAGGCUGCCUUUAAGGGACGACUGGCAGCUAUGGAGCAGCAGAGGCAAGAGCUUUGCAAGCAGCUGGCAGAGACCAGGUAAAGGCAGGGAGCAGAGCCUUUCAGAUGUUUUUACAUUCCACGGACAUAAAAUGGAAGUGUCUCAAAAGAAAAAAAAGUCACAAUAUGAAGGUUAUUUUUCUGACAUCUAAAGCCAACAAAGCUCUCGUCAGCCUUGGGCUCCUGUUUGUGCUGCCAAGCACAUUCCUGUGGGAAGUCAAAAGCAAGCCACCCAGCCCUGAAUUGAGUAGUAGUUAAAGCAUGCAGAGGUUGAGUGAAACCUCAUGUUUCUCUUAGGUUUGGUUCCUUAUGCUGGGCAUUGAACAUCCCUCGUUUGUUACCAAGUAGCUUGACAUGAUCUUGAUCUUCAGAACUGAAGCUCCAUCUUGAGCAUUCCAGGCUCUUACCUGGGGAUGUUGGGAGUGUUUUGUUCUAGAAGGGGAAGUCCUGUAUGUUUUCCCUUGUUGCUUGCUGCC